GGUGCUUGAAAGAAUGUGACGCGAGCCACCUGUCAAGAGACCGUUUCAUCAAAUCAUUUCUUUAUUGCGCAGCCUCCACAGGACCUGUUAUUUUUUGUUAGUUUUGAAAAAAAGAACGUUAUUUGUGGAUGAGUCGGGUAGGUCGGGGCGCGCGAGCCUCAUUUCAGUCAGGUGCCAGGCGCCGAACACGAAGGACCGUGUAAGGUUCGAUACGACCCACACAACCUUCCGAGUGCUCGAUCGCACGUUAUCCCUAUCUUGACGUUCCUAAAUCUUUUGCUGUAACUUUAUGAAAAAUGUUUUGAUUUCAAAUAUUUGUUCCUGGUUUCUGAUGAAGGGAUUUUACGUUUUUACAACGUUGUGAUACUUUAAAGUGAAUAAGUGUAUUGAAGACCGUAGCGCUCGAAUUUGGCGCGUAAGGAUGUCCCGUCACGUGCUGUUAUCCCGUCUCGCGGAGCACUUCCAAGCCUCUUCUCCUCCAGGACAACGGUUUCCGUCUCCAGAGAGAAGCGUAUCACCUCGCUCGCCGACCUCCGUCAGCUCACCUCCUCAGUCACCAGACUCAAUUUCGCAGCAACGCUUGGAUGUGCUGCAAUUUGGAGACAUUGAAAUUGCAGGAAGAGCGCUGAAACAAUACGCUAGAGCUACAGAACUGGGUGCGCUGAUGUACUGCAGUGGUCUGGGAGCGUUGUAUAGCGGCGGAGUGUGGCCACUGUUGCUACCACAAGCGCCACAUUUCCCGCCCGGCGUUGAUCAUGCCCGACACACGCCACCCAGAGAUGAUGACGAAGAGGAGCUGCCUUUAAACUUAUCGAUGAAGAAUCGUCAAAUUUGGUCACCGGCUAGUGUUUGCGAACGAGAACAAGUCGAGACCGAGAGAGAAUCGCCGAUGUCACGAUGGGACGUUCACGAUGAUCCAGACAGUCCCCUCGAGCUGGUUAAGAGAUGUCGAAGCAAUCCCGACGAGAAGCGUCCUUCGAGCACUGAACCAUUACGUUGCCCCUCCGCGCCCGCCUACCACAACUACCCGCCACCACCUCCGCCCCCAGCAGACAUCAACAUCUCAUUACUUCUCAAAACAGAGAAUAAAAACGAGAAAUCUUUUCAGUGCAAGCAGUGCGGCAAAUGCUUCAAGCGCUCCAGCACUCUGUCUACGCACCUCCUCAUCCACUCGGACACCAGGCCCUAUCCUUGCCAGUACUGCGGUAAACGCUUUCACCAGAAAUCUGACAUGAAGAAACAUACCUACAUUCACACCGGUGAGAAGCCACAUAAGUGCGUGGUGUGCUCCAAAGCCUUCAGUCAAAGUUCAAAUCUCAUCACACACAUGCGCAAGCACACCGGAUAUAAACCUUUCUCAUGUGGUCUGUGCGAUAAAGCGUUCCAGCGCAAAGUCGAUCUUCGUCGCCACAGAGAGUCGCAGCAUUCGGAAGUCGACCCUUCAUCUAGCAUUGCUCUCUCUCAGAAUCGCUAUCGAUUCUACGGAGAUGACCAAACAUCACUCGCACCAAUUAGUUCCAAAUGAAUACAACAAUUGCAGUUUAUUUUCUAAUAUCACCGAAACCAAAAUUUUCAACAUAGCUAACUAGGACGUAGGUUAGGGCGAUAAAUAAAACGACUAAUGCAAAUAAAGUUAUCAUGUACACUUUUAGUAAUGUAGCCAAAGAUUUCGAGCAAUUAUUUUAAUUAUUUCGUCCAACUAUGUGUAUGCUUACUAUCACUAGACCUGAAAUACGUGUGAAAUAAAAACAAUUAAUAAUGUGCGUAGUAUACCUUAAUAUAGUGUCUAUCUAUAUAACGAUAGAAAUCGCUUAUGUGUGUUACCUCUAGAGUGCCUUAAUGUGCAUCACAUAAUUGUCUGAUUUGUAACAACGAAAGUGUAGACAGUUCAACAGUCGCAUGAAACAUUGUAACUCCGUCCUUUUUAUUGUGAUAUAUACGUAUAUUUAAUUAUUAAUUUAUCAGGAUUUUAUAUUCCUAUGAAAUUUUACCAGUCAAGUCUGACCAACCCGAGGAUACCUAAUUUUAUGCAAUAGAUUAUAUUAAUGUAGAAUGGUUUCUAUCAACAUUCAUAAUAUUUUCAUGUCCGUCGAAAUUUGUCUGUCCAUAUUUU